AUGACCAUUACAAUCCGAAAUGUUUGCGUAGCAGGAAGACAGAGUCGUCAGUUGGGUGAUGAGACCCGUUCCUUGGGUAGUAUGGGUUACUUGGAGCGUGGAGGACUUCCUCAUGGUAUGCAAAUGGAUGACUUGGCCUGCGGAGGAGGCUACCCCCUGUGGAAGCCACCAGGAAACUAUUUCCCUCGUGGAGAGGCCCCACCACCCUACGAGGAGGCAGUAGCCGCAGCGAGAGCCGAGCAGGCUCUCUUAUCAAUGACUCCACAUGCACUAUCACCUCUAAAUCUUCCCAACACGUACCUGACGACGCACAAUAAUCACUCCAGUGUCACAUUAUUAGCUGGAAAUCCCAAUUUAUCAGCAAAUUCACCGACUCCAUCCAACCAUGGGGCGAGUCCAUCAUCAUCAGUGUCAGGGAGUCGUCCUCUGAGUGCAGUGAACCCUCAUUGUCAUCAGCAGGGCCAAAGCGAGGCUAUGUCUCCAGGGUUUUACAAUAAUUCGUCGACUACUAGUUUCAGCAUGGGCAAUAGUACCUAUGAAAAUUUACCGACACCUAUAACGUUGACUAAUAUGAGCAAUAUGACAGAAAUUGGUUCACAACACUCGACCAACAGUGUACAGACACAAUCUUCAUCAAUGAAUCACCAGAACUUCUCAAAAACUUAUCACACGACUUUCCCACGUCAGGGCUCAGCAUUCACAAUCUCGGCCACCUUACCAAGUGCCAGUGUCUCGACACAUCGCACAAUCCCAAGAACUCUCGCCACGAGCAGCAACUUAAGGCUAAGACGUGAUUUUUUGGCGAAUAAACCAGUCGCCCCACUAUUCGGAGAACUCCCAAUGGAUUUUCCCUCGGAAAGACAGCCAAGAUCGGCCCCUCCCACAAUACCUAGCACAGACAGUGCAACGCAGGCAGAUUUCUAUACAGAUUCUUUCAGAGAGAGUACUACAACUCAUUCAAAUGAAUCUCAAACAGAUGGAUCUCCUUUCGAGGGCAUCACGGCCGUCGGUAAUUGUGAUAAAAAGCCACCGCCUUUACUGGCAUCUAACGAAGCUAACCAGGAUGGUAGCUUCGAGUCUUUCACGUGCAACUGUAGUAUGCAGGCAUUGCCAACACUGCAUGAUGACACUGAUGAUUACAGAAGUGAGUGUGAAAAUUGUAAAAGUGCCACAGGGUCUAGGUACUAUUUGGAUAAUGAGGAUGAACUUGUUACUUCACCUCAUGAAACUAUGACACUACACAGGAGACCUGAAGAUACUGCCGCUAGUGUUACUCCACAAUAUUACAGGACUUCAUUGACACUGCCAACUAAUACACGUCAGCGUACAAGGACCAGUGGGGGUCGAGGCAACUGGAUCAUGCCAGAAAGUUCAACGGAAUCGUCCGACGACGAUUGAACCCUUAAACAAUCUUCCCCUCCUUCCACAAACUUUAUUAAACUUCCAAAACUAAAUAAUAAUAACAAUAAUAAUAAUAAUAAUAAUAAUAAUAAUAAUAAUAAUGAUAAUAAUAAUAAUAAUAACAUUCUAUAGAUAUUCAAUGGGAAGAAUUCUAAUCAUCGGUGAAUUUUCGUGACAUCAGUUGCUUCAUACGUGAUAAAUCAUCAUGAAUUAGACUACGAUAAUAUCAUAAGGAGUGCCAACAUUAAAUGACUUGAGAUGAAGAGCACAGUUAUAAUUGAAACGAAUGUUGAUAGUUGUUGAUCUUCAAGUUUUCUCGAUCAUUAUUUAAUGAUAAUGAUAAUUAAAUUCUGAGUGAAAUGAAAGGAGGCGAGAACUCAAGGAUGACGUAUAUGUUAUUUUGUGAAUAUCUUGGGAGAUAGCGAUUCGUACUAUUGAAUUUUCCAUAAAAUUUUCCUAAACUCGCUCAUUAUCUACAAGAUGCAAUUAUCAGUCAGAAUCUACACAAUGAAGGGCAUUUUUUCAUCAAUUAGACGAUUGUCUGGGAAGAGGAAAAUUUUAAAAAGAAAUAUCGAGACCUUUCUCUGAACCCCGUCACUCUGGAGAUAUUCACAAAAAAUGGACCAAAAAUGUUCAAAUUCAUCACCUUUCAUCACUUCACUUCUCAAUUAUUAGGACACUUUUCGGAGUGUAGAUGGAUUUAGUCGAGUAAAUAAUAAUUUCAAUCUCACGUCAAGUAUGGGAGUUUAUAUAAAACCUGUGGUACCUGAUUCGAUCCUACUCAUCUUUUCCGGUGGAAUUGUUGAUAGUGUUCUCUUUAUCAUCACAUAUAUAAUUGCUUAAAUAUGUGAGCGGAAAAUACCCAUCAGUCUGCUAAAAAUGCCAAUAUCCAUGAGAAGUUUCUCAGAAUGUUCAUUAUCACUUAAUUAGAGGGAUACAUUUAAUCAAAGAAGAAGACAAACCAAAGAAAAAUUCCAAGAUUCCAAGGUUUUUAAACUUUUCGUUAUAUCUUUAUUAUUGAAGAUAAUUAGUUUUAUUGAAGAUGAAAAUACUAGUUUUUACGCAUUGACUUCUGAGAAUAGGACGUUUAAUCACUGGUGAUAUUCAAUCAACUGAAUUGUGCAAAAAUCUGAGACACUAACGAUCAAAUAUUGUCUCAGUACGAAAUAACCGCGCACAAUGAACAGUCAAAAUCGAUAUCAGGAAGCCGGAUGCGCAUCAUUACAAUUCACUGGCUACUUUCUCCAGAAUAAACAUUUCUAUUGAUUUUAACAUGAAACAAUUGUUUCCUUAAGGAUACAAUGAAUAAUGAGUGUUCAGAGGCCAGUAAUCAAUUGGCAUAAUUACAAACAUUUUAUGACGGGGUGAAAAGCGGGAGAACAACAUAAAAGGGAACGAGAUUACUAAAUUUUCAACCAAUUUUUCCUAUUUUUCAUUCAACGAAAUCACUUUCAUUUUUAUUGAUAACAGAAUGUUUUCUAGUUUAGUCAUUUAGGUUUUCCCAUGAACGAUUCAGGUCUAGUACUGGAAAUCUCAGUUAGAGUACCGACCGGUUAAAAAAAGUGACAGUAGAUAGGCAAUUCUACAAGAGUAAGAGGAAAUAUAACCCACGGUUACUUUAAAUGAGACUCCUAAUACUGGGCCUCAGUAUGGAGGUGGCAAAAUGGUUUAAAUCAGACGUGACAAUAUCGUUAAUUAUUAUGGCGAGUUAAUGAUCAUGAUGAUGAAUGAAUAAGAAUGCUUAACAGAUCCGAAAAUUUCUUUAAUUAGGCGGUUAGAAAAAAAUUUCCAGACCUUUUUUCUUGCAAUAUUUAAUAAACUAUAAGAAGCUCUGUAAGCACUUACUCUUCACAGAAAUCACCCCACAGAUCAUGAAAAUCGGGAAGAAAUUUCUUGUACUAGAAAUUUCCCGUGGUAUUUUUUUCCAAAAUCAAUAAUGACCAAAAUAAUUUCUCAAUUAUACAGAUAUUAAAACCAUUUCACGACUUCUAAGCUCUGUCAAUAGCAACAAAUUAAUCCGUAUCCAAUAGUUAAAUGACCGUAAAACUAUCAACACUCCUUGAAUACAUCUCCCCCCCCCCCUCCCACC